AUGAAAGCGAUCGUUAUCGAAAAGUUUGGAGGUCCCGAGUCCCUUGUCAUCAAGGAUGUGCCAACCCCUGAGCCGAAACACGGCGAGGUGGUGAUUCGGAUCAAAGCCUUUGGCGCCAACAAUGCCGAGAUGCACCUGGGCAAAGGGGAAUGGGCCGAAUGGGUACUUAUUAGUGGAAUAGAGUGUGCUGGCAUCGUAGAUGGAUGCCCGGGAGGCAAAUCUGAAGAAGGCAUGCCCGUUGCAAGUCUCAUGGGUGGCCUCUCGGGAACAGUACUAUUGUUGACUCGCUCAACAUGGUGCACAGAGGGGCCCGAAUGGCAAGUGGCGUUCAUCUUAGCUUUUUUUGGCAGUUUUGUCUUUGGGACGCCCGAAUUCCCCUUAUCAGAGGUCCCGCUGCAAGAAAUUAUCACCAUGGUGGCCAAAAAGUUUUCGACUUUGAAGAAAUUCAAGAGGCACAUCGCCUAA